AUGUACGACUCCUUCGAUACCACAUAUCAAGCGACCAUUGGCAUCGACUUCCUAUCCAAAACUAUGUACCUCGAGGACCGCACGGUACGGCUGCAGCUGUGGGACACAGCAGGCCAGGAGCGUUUCCGCUCGCUGAUUCCCUCGUAUAUCCGGGAUUCGUCCGUCGCCGUCGUCGUUUAUGACAUUUCGUCCAAGAAGACUUUCGAGCAGACGCGGAAAUGGAUUGAUGAUGUGCGCGGUGAACGCGGCAAUGACGUGAUUGUCGUGCUUGUUGGAAAUAAGACCGAUCUUGGUGACAGUAAGAGAGAGGUCACUACCCAACAAGGUGAAGAGGAGGCCAAACGCUCCAACGCCAUCUUCAUGGAGACCAGUGCAAAGGUCGGUCAUAAUGUCAAGGCCCUAUUCAGGAGGAUAGCCCAGGCCUUGCCCGGCAUGGAUGCCGAAGGCGAAAAUCAACCCAAUCCGCAAAUGAUCGACGUGUCGAUAAACAAUCAAAAACCCGCCGAGGAAGGGUGUGCCUGUUAA